AUGGGUUCUCGCUUGUUUCUUCUUGGAAUGCUGCUUGUUGCUUGUGUGCUGAGUACCGGGACAAUGCCGGUUGCAGCUCGCCGCCUUCUAGAGGCUUCCUUGCCAGAGUAUCCUAAGGCAGAGCUGCCGAAGCCGGAAGUGCCUGGACUUCCAAAGCCUACUUUGCCUGAGAUUCCUAAACCCACAUUUCCCGAACUCCCUAAGCCUGAGUUUCCUAAGCCCACGUUGCCUGAACUUCCAAAACCCACCUUACCAGAGCUCCCUAAACCCACUGUGCAUGAAGUACCCAAACCAACACUACCAGAAAUACCGAAGCCCAAAUUAGAUGAGGUGCCCAAGCCUAUUGAGCAUGAAUUGCCAAAGCCUACAUUGCCAGAGUUGCCUAAACCUACUGUACCUGAAAUGCCUAAGCCUGUGUUGCCUGAGGUGCCAAAACCAACCUUACCAGAGCUCCCUAAACCCUCUAUGCAUGAAGUACCCAAGCCUACAUUGCCACAGAUGCCGAAGCCCAGUUUGGAUGAGCUGCCCAAGCCAAUACAACCAGAACUACCAAAGCCACAAUCGGAUGAGGUGCCCAAGCCUACCGAGCAUGAAUUUCCCAAGCCUACCGAGCACGAAUUGCCCAAGCCUACUGAGCACGAAUUGCCUAAACCUACCGAGCACGAAUUGCCUAAACCUACCGAGCACGAAUUGCCCAAGCUUACCGAGCACGAAUUGCCUAAACCUACCGAGCACGAAUUUCCCAAGCCUACCGAGCACGAAUUGCCCAAGCCUACUGAGCACGAAUUGCCUAAACCUACUGUACCUGAAAUGCCAAAGCCCAUAUUGCCUGAGGUGCCAAAACCAACCAUACCAGAGCUCCCUAAACCAAUUGUGGAUGAAGUACCCAAACCUACAUUGCCACAAAUCCCAAUGCCCCAUUUGGAUGAACUUCCCAAGCCUACAUUGCCCGAGCUGCCAAAUCCUACAAUGCCCGAGUUACCCAAACCCACAGUGCAUGAGCUUCCCAAGCCUUCUCUACCUGAAAUGCCCAAACCCACUGUACCUGAGUUACCCAAGCCAACAAUUCCUCAACACCCUAAGUCUGCUAUCCCGGACAAGCCUUGA